AGCAUUUAUCAGCUGACACAACCUGGGUUCAACUGCGGUCUGUUUGUUUCUCAGUUUGAGUCUGCAUAAAGCAGCUUGCAUAAUGGAGGACCAGGAGAUGCAACUGAAAGUCAGAAGAGUGACUGACAAAUUCACGGAGAGCAUGUACGUCCUGGCUAACGAGCCGUCAGUGGCUCUCUACAGACUGCAGGAGCACGUCAGGAGGUCGCUGCCUGAGCUGGUGCAGCACAAGACAGACAUGCAGAGCUGGGAGGAGCAAAGUCAAGGAGCUAUCUACAGUGUAGAGUAUGCUUGCAGUGCUGUGAAGAGCAUGACCAACAGCAGCUUAUAUUUCAAAAACAUUGACGGCCUCCUCCGUCAAGCCAUCAGCAUGAAGGAACAGAUAGGCAACUCUCAAGGACGCAGUUUACAUGAUGACACCCCCCCCUCCUCUCUUGUCUCUGCUCCUCAUGCCCCACCCGCUUCCUCAUGACAUCUGGACAGGGGUGUCUAAGGAAAAGGACGAUGGACUCGGGCGUGCUAAAGGAAGGAGGAGAGAGGCACAACUCUGGGAUGUGACGUGACUUCCUGAGUUUUCUUGGUGUUGCUGCUACACUCCCUUGCUCUGCUAUGUCUUGAUUGAGCCUGAAGUGGGGGGUCAUAACCUCCUCAUCACAAUGGAGUGACUGCCUCCACUGACCCCCUCAGUACAAGCCGCUCAGUGGAACAGAGCACCACAGCACUGCCAGGUUCAGCAUUAAAAACACUUAAGUCAUGGACGCUGGUCAAAGAAUGCAUUGUUCUCUGGGACUCGCUGGGUGCACCAGAGAGAGAGAGAGCUACAGUGCUGUUUUUUUGCCUCAGCUGUGGAAAACCACGCCGCCAUAUCACAUAAAUACCAUCAUCAGUUUGCGGUGAAUCAUGGUUUGCUGUGUUUAGUUCAUACCUGCCAAGUAGAGAGAAACCCCCAGACAGAAGAGUCCGAUGGCCACAUGUCGCACACCUCUGCUGUCCAAAAGGAACCAGUCAGCUCUGUGGAAACAAAUGUAAUACAUUCAAUGUCACGCCU